AAAUAUUAGCAGUAGAUGUAUUCAUUCGAAUUGACCAAUUUGACUUUUUUUAAAUCCUUAAAAACGAUAAUUUAUGUUUCAUAUUUCCAUCUAUUGCGGUAAUCAGGAGUUUCCUGUUCUUAGGUUUUGUUCAGGGUUGGCGAACUUAUUUUUUUGGCUUUCAAAGGAGUUCUUAAGCUUGCGAUCUAGCACUGGUUUUGUGAAUAAAAUUUCAAUUUCAAAUGCAUUAAACAGUCGUACUUUACCUUUAAACCACGGUCAAACUGAUAAAUUGCCCUCUUUCACAAAGCGUUAUUUUUAUUUCGUUGUGAAGCUGCCAAUUUGAAUGAGGCGCACUUUCUACUGACCUUGAUAUCAGUACCAUCAGGAUGCCCUAGAUGGAGCUCUAAUUGUUACUGUCAUCCUCUACGCUAACUGUCAUUGUGUGAACAAAACGAAAACAGGUUUCGUGAUUUUUUACAGCAACAGCAAAAGUGAAAACUAGGUAUUAGGACUAAAACCACUUUUCUUUCGUAUCCUGUGAUUAGUAAUUCUCUCUAAACGUCGGGCCUAAUGUAGACGACGCACGGAAACGGUGAAAUAAACUGCAAUCUGUUUGUUCCGAACGCAAGUGAAUGGAUUUCACUAGACUAGGUUCGCAUUGACCUACUGUAAACAAAUCCCGCCAUCAAAACACACACGAAAGCGGUCACGUUUGAGUUUCUGGGGAGGGUUAUCUAGUUUUUCACCGCGUUCCGAUCGACGGUGCAUCGGAUACGUGUGCAGGCUAUUCUAAGCGACACGUUGUGUACACCUAUCCAGUUGCAGGGUCCGUCUCGUUUGAAUCAGACUGCAAAAAUGGCUGGUCACAGUCUUAACGAUGACAAAGUGCGCACUGUCGACGUCAUGGUGGAACGCAAUCUGCUGUUCGAGCGGAUGUCAUUGUCGGAACCAGUGAAGCAGGCACUAGCUCGAAACAAUUUCAUACAUCCAUCGCCAAUUCAAGCCCGGGCUGUUCCACUGGCCCGAUGCGAUUUCGAUCUUUUAGUGCAAGCAAAAUCGGGCACGGGAAAGACGCUCGUUUUCGCUAUCACUAUCGCCGAAAGGCAUGACCCGGAGGUCGCAUUCCCACAAUCACUCACGAUCGUGCCAACCAGGGAAAUUGCUGUGCAGGUAGAAGCGGUAUUGAACCGCAUCGGUAGCGAAUUGGGCAACUUUAAGGCACGUUCCUUUAUAGGCGGCAUGGAAAUAAGCGUCGACCGUAAGAACCUUCAGAACUGCUCGGCUGUCGUCGGUACGCCGGGAAGAAUAUUGCAUCUCAUCAAGAGCAAUGUGCUUAACACGUCUUACAUCCGCACGCUAGUAAUGGAUGAGGCGGACACACUGUUGCAGGCGAGUAUGCUUGGUGAUAUCGACAAAAUUGUGUGCACAUUGCCCGAGAAGCGACAAACGAUCGUUUGCAGCGCCACGUUCUACAACAACCGGGACCGGGAGUUGUUACGGUACAUGAACGCGAAGUUUAUCGGUGUAACGCCAAAGCGAGAGGUGCCACUGCUCUUCGGCAUAAAGCAAUUCGUGCGGGAGCUACCGGCGGAAACCGACAACGUGAAGGAUCUGAUGGCAAAGGUGGGCGUACUAAACGAGAUCUUCCAGCAGAUAAACUUUUCCCAGUGUGUAGUGUUUGCGAACACGAUCGCUAAGGCGGAAACGUAUUGCACGUACCUUAAGAAAGCGGGCUGGCCGGCAGAAGUAAUUAACAGUAGCAUGGAGCAAAGGUUCCGCUUAAAAGCGAUAGAAGAUUUCCGAUCGUUUCGGGCCCGUGUGCUGAUCGCAACGAAUCUGAUUGCCCGGGGUAUUGAUGUGGAAAACGUUAAUCUUGUGAUCAAUGCGGACGUACCGAAGGAUAAUGCCACCUACCUGCAUCGAAUAGGACGGGCUGGGCGUUUCGGUACGAAAGGGAUCGCAGUGACGCUCGUGUCGGGCGUGAAAGAUAUGGAACGGUUUCGGCGUAUCCUGCACGAUAUCGGUGGAAAUGAAAUGUUUGUACUUAAGCUACCCCAAGGCCAAUUGGAUGAUUUGUGGCAGUUUGAACGAUAUGGUGAUCGGUAUGAGAAACUGUUCGCAUCGCAGAUGGUACAGGAAAUCCGCGACAAAGAUGCCGACCAUAUGUUUCUGAAGGCGAUGAAAAUGAUCGGUGAAAUGAAGAAUGGCAAUGGUGAAUCGUCGCGAAGCAAUAACAACGAUGAUGUGAAGCUGGAUGAUAGUCUGGAGAAGUCAACGUCAGACGAAGAGACCGUGGUUGAACUAGAGGCACCGAACGCCAUGACGAAACUGGCAGGUGUUACACAACCCAAAGGAAAGCCAACGAACGGCCAUGCCACAGAGCUGAAUGGGAAUGUGUCGCCGAGCAAACCGGAACAAUCGUCAUGCACUGUAGCCAUGGACGGGUUGUCGAUAUCGAUGGAGAAGCUCAGUCUUGAUCGUGGCCUACAAUCAAACGGUGAUCGGGGUGCAAAAACAAUGCGUCUCGAUUCGCUGAAUGGAAACCAAAAGAAACCGGAUGGCAACGAACGGAGCAACGCAAUGCUGGAGGAAAACUAUGAUGACGAAAACAACGACGACAAUGAUGAUGAGGAUGAUGAUGAUGAUGAUGAUUCUCCCAAACCGGGACCUUCGAAGAGUAGUGUAAAAACCGUUCCAGCGCCCGCUACCAUAAGAGGGAGCCUUUCGACUCCCGUCCCGGAUAUGGAUGGAACGCAGCUAUUGCUGCUGAAGGGCGGCACCAUCACGACUAUCGUCACCAGGAACGGUGGUGACGAAUCGGACCUCGAAAGUAGCUCCUCGCUUAGCACGAAUGUGACCGAGAAGGUGGAGGUAGGUUCGGACUUUAAUGCGCAGAUGUCCCGGCUUAAUCAGAUACCGGAUCCACGAUUCCGACAAAUCGGUUCGGUCGACUGUUCCGAUAUUGAUCACAGCUCGGACAGUGAGGCCAAUGGUGGCGAAUGUCCUCCAUUCGAGGCAAACAACGAUGCACUGUUUGCGAAGAUUAUGGAGCAGAAGGAGUUGGGCGUGGAACACCCGGAGCAUCAGGUACAGCUGCAUUCCAUCGACGGUUGCAGUCUGGAGGUGCACGACGAUACCAUCAGCGAUCGAGGACUGACGCGCAAAUGUUCUGUGCCGGAUGUAGUACCGUGCGGUAUUUCGCUCGACUCUUCCCGCCUGCACGGUGGUAACCGAGGUGCACUUGCAGAGGAGAUCGGCGAAAAUGGUGAGGAGGGAGAGGAAAUCGAGCUAAACUCCAAUACGUGUGGUUCGAACCGUGGCUCACUGUUCGAAGAAGAAGUGGAGGACGUUAUACAGGCGAACCUACCGAACCGGAUCCGCUUUCAGCAGCAAGAUUCGCUGGAGGUAAACUCGAACACAGUUGGUUCAAAUGUCGGCUCAACGCCUGAACCGCCCGAAAUGCUGGAUCAGCAAUCGCUUCCCAUCAUCAAUCCAAUCGAGGCCGAUCCGAUCGGUCCGAUCGGUCCGGAAUGUGCCGCUCAUGACGUCGACGAUAUGAUGGACGAUGCGAGUUCCUAUUCAUCGUACGAUAGCGAUGCCUCGAAUUCAUCCUUCUUCGAUGAUGUCGAUCGUGUGUCCGUCGCAUCGGCUAAAUCAACACCCAAAGAGAACGAUGCGCUCACGUCAACUGACCCACUCAUGGUGACAGGUGCAGUCGGUGGUCCAACCGGCAGCUUGGAACAGAUCGGUGCCGUACCCUCAAAUUCGGUGUCGGUAGCCGCUUCACCGCAUCUGUUUGCCGUUCCUAGCAUCCCGACACCGCCACUGCUUGUCAAUGGUAUAAUCCCACCGGUGGUGACCACCAGCACAGUUGUCGGGGCCGGCAAUCCUCCGGCAGCUCCACCCAUCAUUGACGAGGAGCGAUCUCCUCGAUCGCCUGCGUUCAUGACACGCAUGGAAAAUAUGUUACCACCAUUUCAUCCAACUGUGGCUUCUGCUGCGGCAACUACUGGUGCUGCUGGCACCACACAACCGAUGCGCAGUGAUGCUCACGCAACCGCACUCUACCAUCGGACGUACGCCCUGUGGAGCAAUCAGUACUGGAACCAAUUGACACAGAUCAAUGAUUACGUACGGUUCGCGGCAUACGCAAGGCGCAAUGCUUACCGAAGUCCUUAAGUAGUGGGUACCAGCGCAUGUACAUCCUACCUAAAGCGGCAAAUUGCUGAUAUAGAGAAAGGAUCCAUCUUACGGGUUGAUCUUAGCUGUGCUGAAAAGCAGCAGAAACAAUGGCACCGUCAAUCCAACAGACAACAUAUACACCACGUGAAGUGAGAAGCAAAGACAGGCACGAAAUGGUAAAUUAAAUUUGUGAUCUGAAUGUUACAACGUACAGCGUUAUACAUACACACCCCCUUACACAGAAACACUAACUCAAAACUAUACAGCAAACACGUAAAAUUACAGCACAUUCUGCCCGUGCUCGCGCGUAAUACUAUAUUAUAGAGUUAUAGAGCAGCAUUAGUAUAGGACCAGAAGGCGAUACGAAAACCAGUUGUAAUGUUUAAUCUACUAACAUUUAAAGAAAAAAAAGAAACAGUGGCACCCGCUCCCCCGUAUAUCCGUAAAUCGUUUACUAACUUGUACUCACACCAAGGACGCUUCCAGGUUCUGCUUCAAAAAAGUAGCAAACAAAACCAAUAAAUUAAAAAAAAAAGCGAGAGGAGUAAAUGUUUCUACUUUAGGACUGAUUUGUUUGCGACGGUUUAGUAGCGGUCAGGUGCGCAAGUUAAUAGUGGUUUAAGAGUAGGAAGCCGGAGGGAGCCGUGCUUUGCUUUUUUAACACAAUAACAAUAAUUCCAUUGGGAGUAUGGCGUAAAAGAGGAAACGAACGAAACGUGGUGUGUAAUUUCGGGUGGUUCUUAAUAAGCUAAGAUACGAAAGAGAGCAACAAUCUGGAAGAUAGCUUCUAAAGCUACGAGAGAUAUGAUGUUUUAGAGGCACUCUGCUACAUAACGUUAUAGCGAUUUGCUUAUGCAGGUAAAACAUAUUUGCUGCAUUAUUUUUGUUUGUUUGUUUGUUUUGUCUGUCUUUCUCUCUCUCUCUCAUCUUCUUUUAAUGAAUACACUGUAAAGGAACAUUAAUCACUAUUGUGUCGGAUUGAAUACAAGUAAGAGCUGAGAAAUAAACCAUUGUAUAACUACUA